GUUGAAUUGUAUUUCGAACGUUUGUUUGCUACAUUUCAAUAUAAUAUUGCUCAAAGCGUAUUUUCUUACGAAUUAUGAUCUUUUUAAUUGCUCUCCUCUUUUCAUUUUUCGAGACUGCUGCUUCUACUUCAAACAAAGAAGAGAGUGGCAACUGGACCACAGCUAUAUUUGCACUGCCGUUACGAAAAACUAAAGAUGCAAAUGCGCGUGAUUGUUAUCAUUUCAGCGAAAGAUUUUGUUAUCUGGGUCGUUUCAUUGCGCGUGGAGCUGCUUCCGAAGCUGCAACGAUGAGAGUCAAGCGCACAGACGAUUAUUACCAGUUCAGAGACCUUAUAAAAUUAGUCUAUAAAACUAUCAAUUGGUACUCAUUUGAAAAAGUGGAAUGGGGUGGAUGCUGCAUGAAACAACUCGGCGUCUACAAAGAGUGGGGCCAGGAACAUGGGAUCUCCCCUCAAGAAUAUUACGAAGAAGUCAUAAAUUUCACUUCCGAUAACCGGAAAGUGAAUCUAAUCAGUGCCCAAUACAGCAGGAGUCUGUGUGUUAACAUUGUCACUUCGAUCGGAUUCGGGACUGGGCCAAUUGCAGCGCAUGAAAACCACCAGGCAACUUAUAUUCUCAGCCCAAACACCGGUGGAAUGAUUCAUUUUUUCCCUUACGACAAAAUACGGGAUCAAUUGACAUGGGAUUGGUUCAAAUUGAAUAUUUUAUGCGAAGAACAAGCUUGGAUCUGUGUGAAAUAUCCUCCUAAUGCAAUUGCCAGCGGAAGUUAA